AUGCACAUUUCCGAAAGUCAAGUUAAAACCACCUUGACCGACCCAGAGAGCAUUGAAAUCUGGAGCCAGAUACCCAACGAGAUUCUUGAACAGCAAUAUAUCUCUGACCGAGAGCAAAAUCACUCAGCAGCUUACCACCCGAAGAUCCGUCCAUCGCCCCAGAUUCCCACUCUACCCCAUUCACCACCCAGAGUGCUAUUCGAUGCGAGUAGUUCUUCGUCAGAAGGCCUUCGAACGCCUGAUAUGUGGGUUCAGAGCUCGGCAUACUAUAUGCAAUCAGCACGCACCCUCGGGUCCGAGGACCAGGCUCCAACUGGGCGAUUGGAAGAACCAACCUCCACACAGGCCAUAAAUGGCUAUUCAUCCUUGAACUUUACGUCGGCUGCCUCAGAUAAUUUUUCUGUGCUCCCUCAUGACCCCAGGGGGGAUUUUUCCACUCAAUUUUCGUCAGACGCAAUUGCGAAUCGCUAUCACCACCACAACUACGAUAUUGAUCUCAAUCACCAACUCCACCGUACGCCGGCCCCUUUGAAGUGGAAUGAAGAGCGCCAAGCUGCCAGCGCACAACUCAAAUGCUGGGAUCAUGGGUGUAACGGGAAGAUUUUCUCUAAUUUUAGCAAUCUUCUCCGUCAUCAACGUGAAAAAAGGGCAUAUACCCCAAUGCUGUGUGCACUUCAUGUCAAAGAAGAUUUACUCGGACGACAGCCCUCAAAGCUCACAGAAAAAACACGAACUGCGUGA